GGGCCGGGCCGGGCCCGCGCAUCCCCUCAGAGCCGGCGCCAUGGACAGCAGCGGCAAGGAGCGCGAGGCCGUGCAGCUCAUGGCCGAGGCCGAGAAGCGGGUCAAGUCCUCGCACUCCUUCCUCAGGGGGCUCUUCGGGAAAACCUGGGUUAGUUUGCCUCAUGCCAGUUUCAGCCUGUGAAUCUACCUAACGGGCAAGGUUGGGAAGUCACUUUCAUCUGUGCAAAAGGAAAUUCAAAGGUAGAAGAAGCCUGUGAAAUGUACACCAGGGCUGCAAACUUGUUCAAGAUCGCCAAAAACUGGAAUGCUGCAGGAAAUGCAUUUUGUCAGGCAGCCAAGCUCCAUAUGCAACUACAGAGUAAACAUGAUGCAGCCAUCGGUUUUGUGGAUGCUGGGAAUGCUUACAAAAAGGCAGAUCCACAAGAGGCUAUGAACUGCUUAAAUGCAGCCAUCGAUAUUUACACAGACCUGGGCCGAUUUACUAUUGCUGCCAAGCAUCACAUCACCAUUGCAGAGAUUUAUGAGACGGAGCUGGUAGAUAUUGAAAAGGCAAUUGCACAUUAUGAACAAGCUGCAGAUUACUACAAAGGAGAAGAAUCCAACAGUUCAGCUAACAGGUGUCUGCUGAAGGUGGCUGCAUAUGCUGCUCAAUUAGAGCAGUACCAGAAGGCAAUUGAAAUCUACGAGCAGGUUGGAACAAAUACUAUGGAUAAUCCGUUGCUCAAGUACAGUGCAAAAGAGUAUUUCUUUAAAGCUGCUCUCUGCCACUUCAUUGUGGAUGAGUUGAAUGCUAAGCUUGCUCUUGAGAAGUAUGAAGAAAUGUUCCCAGCAUUCACAGAUUCGAGAGAGUGCAAGCUAGUGAAAAAACUGCUGGAAGCUCAUGAGGACCAAAACUGUGAAGCGUACACUGAGGCAGUUAAGGAAUUUGAUUCCAUAUCUCGCUUGGAUCAGUGGCUUACGACUAUGUUGCUUCGCAUCAAAAAGUCACUUCAAGGAGAUGGUGAUGGAGACCUAAAGUGAAUUAUUUGCGGUAUAUGUAGCAUGUUGCCUAACUCCUAAAUAAUCUGUUUUUGUGUAAUGGCCAUGGACCAUUAUGGAAUACUUGACACUACUCCUAGCUUAAUUUUGCUGUUUAUGAACCAAAUUACCUGUAUUGUUAGUAUCCUGGUGUCUUUUUGAUGACAUGGAUGGAUAAGAAAUGAUACUGCUAGGUGUUGCUGACAGAUCUUCCAUAUGUGAGAGCAAUAGAGGGAUUCACAAGACUUUUGAGAUCAGUGAAAGAAAUGCUUGUGGCAAAAAUCUUUAUUUUUGGUAGCUGAUGAGCCAAAAGUCUUUCAUUUUUAACUUAUUUCUGCCGCCAUUUCUCUACUAGCUCAUCGUCUUCAACACUUUUGAUCCAUGCUUGUAAAUAUCCAUGACAUACAGUACACACAAUAUUUUCUGAUCUAAUGUUAACAUAUUGCUAAAGUUCUGUGUUUUUAAUGGACCUUAGUCAGACAUUAGAUUUUUGUUUUUAAAAUGAUAGAGCUAUUUUAAUGAUGCUAGUGAAAUGCUUGUGAUUUUUAUAUACAGUAUGCAUGUGUGUAUGUGUAUAUACUAUACAGAUACAUGUGUGCAUGAACAAAUACAUAAUGACCUGUGUCUAAAAACAUUCAUCUUCAUAGGUGAGGGGUCUGCGUAUAAUAUAUUAAAUCAAUUACCUUCUCCCCAAAACAUUCUUUAAGUAGGACCUAGCUUAUCAUGUAUUUUCUAUUUAAGGACUAUAUAUGAAAUGUAAGUUUCUUCUAUUUUUUUGGUUGGAUAUAUUUUUCCACUUACAUUAUUUUUUGGUGCAUACCAUCUCUCCUGCCCUAAGAUGACUUUAACAGGUAAUAAUAUAUUUUUCUAACUUUUCAUUUACCUAAGUUCCUGCUAUUGUCUUUGCUGCAGGUUUUUUGUAUGUGCCAGAACGCUAUUUCCUUCCCUUUGUGCUGUUGGCAAAGCUGUGUCAAAGGUAUGCUGCCUAGUUAUUGUAUUAGGCUUGAUCUUAGCUAAGAUACCCUCCUUCAGCACUGUUGGACAACAGCUUGCCCAGGCUUGUUUUAAAACUGUAGAAAUUGAAAAUGAUCUUGAAGAAUCCCAGUUUGUGUUUGUGUGUGCAGAUCCUAGUUUCAGUGGAGAUAAGUAGACAAGCUACCUAUAUUAAAUAUAUGUAUGACAGUGAGAUAGACUCAUGACCAUAUGCAGUUUCAGUGUUAUGGCUUAAUAUUUCAAUUCAGUUCCAAUAAGCUGUAGAAAUUAUUCCAUUCUUAGAUCAUCAAUGCUGCCUACACAAUGAAAGACUACUAGCUUUAUUUUGCAUAAAUGCUGCUUGUCAUUUGACCUUUUUAAAUAUUGGAUACUGUAAAGUAGGAAAACACUAGUAUUCCAUAGUUGGCAAUCUCUUUUGGAGAAAAGACCUGCCACAAAUAUGCACGGACCUACCCACAUUCCAGACAGGGUACUAGCUGGCUUUUAAGAAUAUCUAUUUUUUGUUUGUUUGUGCUUCUAGCUUUCCUUAAUAAAAUGGGAUUGCCAGGUGUAUAGUAACCCUAGCAAGCCAGCACCCUUAUGGCAUUUGUUUAGAGAAAAUAUCAGAUAGGAGACCAAAUGAUAUAAAAAAUUCCAGGAGAGAAGAUGGUUUUUAUUGACUCCUAUCAACAAUCAAUUUAAACUUUCUUCUACUUGAUUGUUUUCUAAAUCAGGAAGGGUUUAGUGUUAUGUAGUGAGUGUGGCUUUUCUUGUAACUGGAAUGAACACUAGUGAGUUAUCACUGAAAUUGUACAAAAUCGUUUUCUAGAAUUUGAAAAGCUUCUUAGAGAAGAUGUGCUCGGUUUGUCCGAUGGAGAUGUGCGGCCGACAGGGGGCCACAGAGGAAAUUUUUAAAAAUGGGAGGAGCUGGUGCUGAUGAGCAACAGACUCAGAUAUGCUGGGAAACAUUAAAAAGUUGCAGCUUGUGUGAUUAACGCUUGCUUACAAGGGCUAGUCACAUUAGAAAUGGCUGACUUGGGUCUCCCUCCAGGGAACUAUUCCUGAACAAGUCCAACUUUCCUUUAAACAGAUGUAUGCCAACAUAAUCCUACAGUGUGGAUGCAGCUUACAGCUAUGGAAGGGUUUUUUCUGGGUCUGUAGGAAAAGCAUGGCCCUAAGCACUAGCACCUAAGCUGGUAAAAGAAUUCUCCUGUUGAUCUAACUGCAUCUACACUGGAGUUAGAUCAGCAUAGCUGUUGCACCGGGGGUGGACUUUUCACACCUGAGUGCUGUAUCUGUGUUGACUCAGCUGUCUCUCUACACAGGCACCCCAGAGAGGAAAAUACAUGCAUGCUUAUGUUUAGAAAAAGAAAAGAGAUGUCAAGCUUUGUUUGUAGAGGGGCAUUAGUUUUUUUCAGUUUCAUAACUUUCCUGAUUCAAAAAGGAAUAUAGUUUUGCCAUCGUACAUAUAAUUGGAGAUCAGAUAAAACACAGUUUAGUGAAAAUCCUACACAGGCAUGUUUUGUUAAUACAGAAAUUGUGGGAAAGCUUUUUUUUUUUUUUUUACAACUUGGCACUGGUUACGAAUUUAUUUUUUGUGGUUAAUUUAUUUUUCCAGGACCUAAGCAGUAUUUUUGCACAAUUACAAUAGUAUACAUAAAUUGCUGCUGAUGUACCAGUCUGUUAUCUGUUAUUAAUGCACUCUAUAACGUAGUAGUUCUGUCUAAAUGCAAACCUUGGUGAUUUUGUAUAGCAGCAUGUCAUCUGUAAUGUAAUUAUUUGUUGUAAGCCGUGAUAUACCAGUUUUCAAAUCAUGUAAAACAUAGAGCAAAGCUGUCAGGGUGUUAUUUUUCCUCCCCCCAGGUCAAGAAUCUGUAUUAUGAAAACUAAUAAUGAAAUGGCCUGAGCAGGAACAGAUUGUUUUGUGUGAAGCGGUACAGUAAUAAAAUAAAAAUUAAGUAA